UUGGGUUCUCAGUGAGCAAUAGCUUUUUAUUCCUUUUGGUGAAUAGUCAGCAAUAGCUUUGAAUACAAGUAGGAGAUCCCCCAUUUCCACGGUAACAUGGCAGCCGACAAUAGGACCACGUGGCAAAGUCGGUUAGUGGGGCCCACGAGCCAUCACUUCAUUUCAUCGCUACAAGACACCCUUUGUGUUCGUACAAUCCGAAACAGCGCCCGAAUCAAAAAAACUCACCAGGAUCCAAGAGCACCUACCUGCCCAACCACAUGCCUCCGCGUGUCCCUAACACGUGUUGCUCUGGUUUUGGUCGUUUUCUUAUCACUGCCAAGAUCUAUCCACUUCACUCACUCUGUCUGAGUCAAACUCAGCGAAAAACGCGCAGGCGUAGAAUUUUGCCACGUGUAUUCCUAGAUUUUUCAAAUUUAUUAUAAGUCCUUUCAAAGUCCAAACCAUUUCUAUGACUCGUUUGUGUUCAAAGAAACAGAGCAAUAACAGAUUAGAGCAAAACAAAACAGACGAACUCUGUUUUCAUAUUAGAUGCUUCAGAAAUUUGAUGGGACCGACCGUCGGAUACUCACAUUUCCGGCGGUUCAUCCUUGUGAAGGAAUUUCUCCGGUGACCCUUCUAAACUCUUUGAUAACACUUUCACAAAACAUAUGCAAUUUUCAAGCUAAAUCUUUUUCAACCCAGAGAAGAAACGCUCGGGAAACGAUUCGCCAAGUUGGUGUUCUUCUUAUAUUCUUGGAAGAGAUUCGAGACCACGGUUUGAUCCUUCCCGAAUCUGUGACUCUUUGCUUGUCCGAGCUCCAUCUCACAUUCCAAAAGAUUCAGUUCUUGUUGGAAGAUUGUACCCGUGAAGGAGCUAGGCUAUGGAUGCUUACCAAGGCUCAGCUCAUCGCAACCCAAUUCCGCAUUCUUAUUCGGGCUGUUUCCACGGCUCUCGAUGUUUUGCCAUUGAAUUUGAUCGACGUAGGUGGUGAAGUCAAAGAGUUGGUCGAGUUAGUUGCGAAACAAGCAAGGAAAGUGAAAUUUGACCUCCACCCUGAUGACCAAAUGGCUGGAAAUCGAACACUUGAGAUAUUGAACCAGUUCGAGAAGGGAAUCGAGCCGGAUUGGAGUUCAUUGAAGUGGGUUUUGGAUUACCUCGAAAUCAAAAGCUGGAGUGAAUGUAACAAGGAGAUUAAAUUCUUAGAACAAGAAAUCGGUUUCCAUCUCUCGGACAACGACGAGAGGGAAGUGCCAUUCUUGAGCAGUUUGGUGGGAAUGAUGAGCUACAGCAGGGCAGUGAUUUUCGAAGUUCUGGAUUGUCGAAACGCAGAGCAACCCGAUACCAGGAGCAAUAUGGAUACAUUUUUUCGAUUGAAUCCUGAAGAUUUUCGAUGCCCAAUCUCUCUGGAGUUGAUGAAAGACCCAGUAACCGUAUCAACAGGUCAAACUUAUGAUCGAUCUUCGAUCCAAAAAUGGCUAAAAGCUGGAAAUAUGCUCUGUCCCAAAACUGGGGAGAAGCUAACCAGCACAGAAUUGGUUCCAAACUCGGCUCUCCGAAAGCUUAUCAUCCAUUUCUGCGCCGACAAUGGCGUUUCGUUUGCGAAAUCGGGAAAACAAAGCCAUGAUAUAUCGCGGACCAUUGUCCCCGGUAGUCAAGCAGCUGCAGAAGCUAUGAAAUUCCUCUCGAGAUUUCUCACCCGGAAGCUGGUUUUCGGUACAACGGGACAGAAGAACAAGGCUGCUUACGAAAUUCGUUUCCUAGCAAAAUCGAACAUGUUCAACAGGUCCUGUUUGGUGGAUGCAGGCACUGUUCCUCCAUUGCUAAAGCUUUUAUCUUCAUCCGAUAUGUCAACCCAGCAGAAUGCAAUUUCGGCAUUGUUGAAGCUCUCAAAGCAUUCAAGUGGGAAAUCAGUGAUCAUGGAAGUUGGGGGACUAGAACCAAUUCUUUCUGUUCUCAAGCAUGGACUAAGUUUGGAAGCAAAGCAAAUCGCGGCCGCGACGAUAUUCUACCUCUCAUCGGUGAAGGAAUACCGGAAAUUAAUCGGAGAAACCGAGGCGAUCCCGGCUCUGGUUGAACUGAUGAAGGAAGGGACAAUCUGUGGGAAAAAGAAUGCUGUGGUAGCCAUUUUUGGUCUGCUUCUAUUGCAAAAGAACCAGCAAAAGGUGCUUGAAGCUGGUGCUGUACCAAUACUAGUUGAUUUGCUAACUUGUUCGGACAAAACUGAGCUUGUUACAGAUACACUAGCGGUUCUUGCCUCUUUAGCUGAGAGUAUAGAAGGUACAAGCGCAAUUCUUCAGACCUCAGCUUUGCCUCUGAUAAUGGGAAUCUUGAAAUCUUCGGCGACGAAAGCCGGGAAAGAGUAUUGCCUUUCGGUUUUACUCUCUCUGUGUAUCAAUGGAGGUGUGGAGACUGUUGGAGUUUUGGCAAAGCACUCAUCACUCAUGACUCUACUUUAUCCUAUACUAACAGAUGGGACUUCCAAUGCUGGCAAGAAAGCUCGUUCACUCAUCAAGAUCCUGCAGAAUUUCCAUGAUGCAAAUUCUUCCAGAUUGAUGACUUCUACAGCUCCACAUGACCAAUCUGUUCAUGUAUGGUAAAAUUUCCUUUUGCCAAAAAUUUCAGUCUCUUUUUUUGUACAUAUAUAUACACAUAUACAUACUGGGUGUAAGUUCAUGUUUUUUGUUACGGUUUUGAAAUGCCCUUUACUCUCAGAAGCUCUGUGUUUUUUUCAAGAGCUAUGUACUGUCUUAUACAUAUAUAUACCUAUUAUACAUACACUUGUAUUUUGAUUCUUUUGUAAUGAUAAAUAAAGGUAGUGUGAGAUAUUCAGAUGUGAGUUAACA